AUGGCAUCAACAGGAGUUACCGACAAAGCUGACUUAGUGGUCAUAGGUAGUGGAUGGAACGGCCUUUGCUCGGCCAAGACAUACCACCAGUGCCACCCACAAGCAAAUGUGAUCGUUCUAGAUGACCAGCCCACCAUUGGUGGAGUCUGGGCUGAGCAUCGCUUGUAUCCUGGACUCAAGACCAACAACAUGAGAGGCAACUACGAAUUUGGAGAUUUCACUUUUCAACAAGCGGGUUUGGACGUCAAGCAUGGGGUGCACAUUCUGGGUGACGAAGUCCACGAAUAUCUGAAAAGAUAUUCCCAGCACUUUGACAUCUAUCAACAUAUCCGAUUCAAUGUUAAGGUCAUCUCGGCUGAGCAUCUUUCCGACAGUCGCGGUUGGCUGCUUUCCACCACAGAGAAGAAUAGCCACAAGAUCAAGCAGAUCUUGACGAGAAGGUUGAUUGUUGCUACAGGUCUUACUUCGGACGCCUUUGUUCCACAAAUUCCUGGCAGUGACACCGAUGGAGCGCCACCCAUGGUACAUGUCAAAGAUUUCCAAGAUCGUUCUGACCAACUAUUCAAGUCCGCCAAAAGAGCAACCAUUCUCGGAGGUACCAAAUCAGCAUGGGAUGCGUCAUAUGCAUUUGCAACUGCAGGUAUUCCCGUGGACUGGAUUAUCCGAGAGUCUGGACAUGGUCCUGUCUGGAUGUCACCUGCAUUCUUUGAUAAGAAGCGGGAUAUAUUGUUGGAACGCCUGGUCCACACCCGUGCAGUUAGCCUUUUCAGCCCUUGCGCCUGGGGAAAUGAAGACAACUAUGGCUGGGUGCGUCGGUUUUUGCACAAUACUCGCAUUGGACGUUGGUGCGUGAGCAAGUACUGGGGAUAUAUGCAGCAUCGACUGGUCCGCACGAACGGCUACGGAGAGCAUGACGAGGUCAAGAAGCUGCAACCCUGGGUGGACAUCUUUUGGAUUGCCGGGUCUUUAAGCAUCCUAAACUACAAGUCAAACUUCUUCGAUCUGGUUCGCUCUGGUAUGAUUAAAGUCCACAUAGCCGACAUUUCAGAACUCGGAGAUCAUGAGAUCCAUCUCUCCAACAACUCGAUCAUCCCAUCCGACGUUCUUAUCUGCUCAACGGGCUGGCGACAUCGGCCAGCGAUCGAGUUUCUACCGAAAGGCAUUGAGUUCAGUUUGGGUAUCCCAACAUCAAGCUCAAAUCCAGAUCCCCAAUCGGUGGCUAAAGUAGAUGCUGAAUUGAUGGAGAGAUUCCCGGCUUUGCGAAAGCAACCCACUCUCAACUCACGGUACAAACCCAUGGGAGGUGUCAAACCUAGUGAAUCCUUGGCGGAGCCUUAUCGGUUGUACCGAUUCAUGGUGCCUCCCACUCUGUAUGAGGAGAGAAGUAUCGCAUUUGCCGGUAUUGUGCAGUCUAUCAGCACCGUCUACAUUGCAAUGGCCCAGGCGCUAUGGGUGACGGCUUAUUUUGAUGGUUUCAAGCCAUCUCUACUUGUCGCCUGCAAGAGCGAGGAGGAUCAGAAGAAAAAGAUCAAGUGGGACACACUUCUUCACACGCAGUAUGGCAAAUGGCGCUGUCCUGGCGGCUACGGCUCUCGGUUUCCUGAUUUUGUCUAUGAUGGAAUUCCAUACCUUGAUCUACUAUUGCGAGAUCUUGAAUUGAAGAAUAAGAGAAAGAGCAGUCUCUGGAAAGAGUUAUUCGAACCGUAUCUCACCACGGACUAUGCUGGUUUGGUAGACGAGUGGAGAAUCAAAAGUGCAUAA